ACGCGCCCGUUUGCAGUACUAAUACAAUGAUUGUGAUUGGCGCUUCGCUAGAGGAGGCGGUGCCUAUACCUUGCCGUGUUAAUUCCGACCCACCGGAAAUUGAUUUUGAAUGGACUUUUUCAACGAGCGGCGAACACUUUGAAGUACCAUCAGGCCAUUAUGCGACGAUACAGGAAGCCACGACCACCGGUGACGUACAUCGUACUAUAAUCGAAGCGAACGAUACACACUUUGAGACUUAUGUAGAAACCGUAAGCGAAUUGAUAUACACUCCAAAGGGGGAACGAGACUAUGGCACACUGGCAUGCUGGGGCCAAAAUUCAAUUGGCAAACAAUCAGAGCCGUGUUUGUUUCAAGUAGUGCCAGCCGCUAAGCCUGGCGCGUUGCGCAACUGUACGUUGCGUCCAUAUGUGGUGACCUCCGCCUCGCUAAACUCAUCGAAUCAGACAACAAUGCAUGGCAAUCAGAUGGUGCCGGCACAAUAUGGCCGACACGAAUCAAAUUUUCCGCAUAUGGAGUAUGUACGUGAGCGUAAUAAUAACAAUAGCAACAACAAUAAGAAUGGCAAUAAAAUUCACAAUAGCGAUGGCAGUGGCAACAACAAAGCGAGUAGCACUAGCAAAACCAAUAAUAAAAUAAGCAGCAUUCUUAAUAAGCAACAGCAACAGCAACAGCGAAAAAAUAAUGCAAAUACAUUGAUUGGUCAGCAGCAACAGAAAUUGCAUCACCAACAACAAAAACAUCGGCCGCCACAAGUGAACGAACAACAACAGCGACAACAACUGCAACGCCUGAAAGAACGUACAUCAUUUACGCCAUCUCAGACACUGGCGGCAAUCAAGAGACAACAACAGCAACAACAACAGCUGCAACGACAGCAGCAGCAACAAAAACAUAACAAGGAAACAUCAUCAUCAUCAGCAGCAGCAGCAGCUGUCGCAGCUGAAGCGUCCGCAGUAGCUGGAGCUGACAUUAACAAAAAAUUGCUAGCAGCUGCAACGCGUAAGCCAGCGACUUUGCAGGGUACAGAUGCCGCAGGCAACUUAGCAACGAUGGCGUAUAUCAAUAACAAAACUGAUGGAUUACCCACGAAGAUGCGAGUGGACAGCAAACAUCGAGUGAAACGUGCUGCUGAUGAGCAUGCAACAACAGCUAAACAGCACAACAAGAACACCAGUUCGAAGCAUAAGCAAAAGAAGAAGAUUCACAAAGAGACUGCGUCAGUGAAGGAGCUACAGCUACAGCAUUCAAGAAAGCUAACUUCAAAGCAGACGCAGAAGAUGAAGAUGAAUGUGAGCAACAAAAGGCAAAAAUCAAAUUUAUCACUGCCAACAGUUGGUGAUGAGGCUGCGGCUGUCGUCGGCAAUGGCAGAAAUGUGCAGGCCAACAACAAGGGUAACAACAAGCAAACGCCAGCGACGAAAUACUACAAUUGGCGGCGAAAAAAUACGCACAAACGUGAGGUGGCACCAGUGAUGAGCGAAGUAAUCCAUCAUUCAACGGUAAUGGCAACGGCAAUGCCAACAGCAACAGCUAUAUCAAAGGAAACGGAAAAGGAAGCCAACGAAGUAUCAGUGGAUGAUGAAGCAGCUAAAGUUCACGAAGAAUUGCGACUUACCAAGAGAGAAGCAGGUAGUAUAGUGGCAAAUGAGUAUGAGCAACAUGCAACUUACAAAGGAGAAAUAAGCGCAGAUUUAGCGCCAGUAAAAGUGUUUGAAACAGCUGCAACCAACGACAACAACACAAUCACACUCAGCAGCAGCACUUUCGGCCCACCAAUUGGCAAUUUCAUCAACUCAAAGGCGAAUAAUCAAACACACCAACAAAAUGUGCAACAGCGCUCACAAAUAGAGCUUCAGCAUGAAUCAGCGCCGCCGCUCAUUGCCACUGAUGAUAUAGCAGCGUCCGCCACAAGCUCUAUUGAUAAGGUGCGUAUACGCAAAUCUUUGACGGCCAAAAAUGUUGGCGCAACUGCUCGUGUUAGCAGUAGUAGUAGUAGCAUUAAUGCUGACGGCAAAAGCGAACACCAUUUCUCGCAGUACAGCAAAGUUAGCCAUCACGAUAACAAUUUUACCCAAAACUUCAACAAAGUCAACAAUAACAAUGCAACACCCAGCGCACCAACUAGCGCGCUUCAAAUAAGCAAUCACGCAGUUGCAUUUCAUCAUCAAAAGCAACAACAAUAUGAACAAGGACAGCAACGCACAACAAAUGGUAAUCGCGGCAUCGAUGUUAUUGGCAUGCAACGCGCAAUUAAUGAUCUAGCCUCCAGCUCAGAUGAAAGUGACAGAGCAGCAGAAAUUUUUGGUAACAAAUUUGCUUAUGAAGAUGACGGUGAUGAGAUUGACAUGCCAGCCGAUGAAGUGGCUGUUGGCGCUGAUGGCAUGGAUAAAGAGUCGGACGGCGAAGUGGAUGUUAACACCGCUGAAGCUGGCGCUGGUGUUGAAGCUGAUAUUGAUGCAGACGAGACCGGCGAUGGCGAGGAUGCGGAGCUAAAUAGCUUCAUUGAGGUGGAUGAGGAGCUAUCACCACCCACUCUGAGCGCCCUACGGAGUGAGUUUCGUUUGCCGUCAGCCGAUAUAGCAGAUGCGGCAGAUGGGCCACAUUUCGAUUACUCACGCAUGGAAUAUAGUUUUAGUAAUGGCAUUGCUACGCACAGUCUGGUCGGCAGCAAUGGUAAUGGGCACGGUCUUGGUCUGGAUGGCAUUAGCAAUGGCAACGGUAUCGGUGGGGGUGGGGGAGGUGGUACUAUCAACCUGGAAAAUUACGAUAACAUUGUUUACUCAACGAUGGAAUUGGAAUGCAUGCCGGGCUAUGAUGGUGGUUUGCAGCAGCAGUUCUUCCUGGAGGCAUACGAUUCGAAGACGAAGAAACUGCGAUUAAAUACGACGAGCACAUAUGCGGAUAUACCCAUAUUUCGUAUCGAUUUGAGUGAUCUAACUUCCAUGGAUUACUAUCCCGAUGCCAAUCCAGCCCUGCAUCUGGUAGUAUACAGCGCUAAUCAGAAAGGUCGUUCCGAACCAAUCGUUUUAGAAAAUAUUCCGAUAAAUGAAGCUGAAAAACGACAAG